GUGCUCCUCCUCUUCCUCUAUUGCUCUUUCACACACAGAACCAGGAAGUAACUCCUCAUUUCAGAGAAAACGAACCUGAUCUCUCUCUCUCUGUGAUUUCAGGAAAAUGGCCGAGGCCAGUAUGUCAGUGUCUCAGGACCAGUUUAGGUGUCCAGUGUGUCUGGAUCUCCUGAAGGAUCCGGUGGCUAUCUCUUGUGGUCACAGUUUCUGUAUGGUGUGUAUUAAUGGCCACUGGGAUCAGGAGGAUCAGAAGGGCGUCUACAGCUGUCCUCAGUGCAGAGACACUUUCACUACAAGGCCUGUUCUACACAGAAACACUAUGCUGGCUGAAGUGGUGGAGAAACUGAAGAAGACUGAAGUCCAAGCUGCUUCUCCUGCUCACUGUUAUGCUGGACCUGGAGAUGUGGAGUGUGAUUUCUGCACCGGGAGAAAACACAAAGCUGUCAAGUCCUGUCUGAUGUGUUUGGCUUCAUUUUGUGAAAUUCAUCUGAAACCUCAUCUUGAAGUUCCUGCUUUGAAAAAACACACAUUAACUGAAGCCUCAGCAAAACUCCAAGAGAAGAUCUGCUCUGAACAUAACAAGCUGACUGAGAUCUACUGUCGGACUGAUCAAACCUGCAUCUGUUAUUUGUGUACGAUGGAAAAUCACAAAGGUCACGACACCGUCACAGCCGCAGCAGAAAGAGCUGAGAAACAGAGUGAGUUAAAGGAGGAGCAGAUGAAAUCCCAGCAGAGAAUCCAGGAGAAGCAGAAGAAGGUGCAGGAGCUGAAACAGGCUGUGAACACUAUAAAGCUCAGUGCACAGACAGCAGUGGAGGACAGUGAGAGGAUCUUUACUGAGCUGAUCAGCUCCAUGGAGAAAAAGCACUGGGAGGUGACGGAGCUGAUCAGAGAUCAGGAGAAGGCUGAACUGAGUCGAGCUGAACGACUCCUGGAGCAACUGGAGCAGGAGAUUGCUGAUCUUCAGAGGAGAGUCACUGAGCUGGAGCAGCUUUCACACACACACGAUCACAUCCAUUUCCUCCAGGUUUUAGCUUCUGGACGUCGGUCUCCUCAAUUUCAGAGACCAGAGUUUCACACAUCCAGUGUCACUGUCCAUCAACAUCUCUCAUUUGAUGGAGUGAGGAAUUCUCUCUCAGAUCUGAAAAAGAGACUCGAGGAAUUCUGUGAGGAGGAAUUCAACAAAAUCCCUCCACAUGAUGGAGAGACAGAGUUUUUCGAGAGCUCAACUGGGGUACUGCAAGGCGAUACCCUCGCUCCUUUCAUCUUCGUCAUUGUCCUCGACUACAUAUUUCGCCUAUCCCUUGACAAUCUGAACGUCAGGGGUCUACAGAUCCAACCUAGGCAUUAUGACUUGGCGCUUAUCACAGAACUAGUUGAAGACGCUGAAGCGCUGCUCCAGUCCCUAGAAAAGGCAGCCGCUCUUAUUGGGCUUUAUUGUAACGAGAGCAAGACAGAGUACAUCAACACUACUGAAAGCUCCCACAAUCUGAAAUCUCUUUCUGGACCAAACAUCAAAAGAUUUGCCGGACACUGCUUAAGAGCAGAGAGCAAGGUCAUCUCAACUCUUCUGCUAUGGAACCAAAGUCUCCUGAUCCGUAACCGCAAAACAACAUACCCGCACAUGCUAUCAAGGGACUCGGGUAUCGAAGUUGGUGAACUGAGUCAGCUCAUCAUAGGAGAGCAAAACCUCUGCGUACAUGCGCGCCGCCACUCUUGGGCACUGCAGCUCAAAGCUGAAGAAAAGGAAAGCCUGCCGAGUGAGUGCAACUGCAAGAUAGAGCAAGCUGCAGCAGUUCAGAUCAUUUCAGAACCAGAACCACAGAGCAGAGAAGACUUUCUGAAAUAUUUCUGUUAUCUGACUCUGGAUCCCAACACGGCACAUUGUCUCCUCAUUCUGUCUGAGAAGAAUAGAGCACUGAGAGACAGUGAGAGAGAGCAGCGUUACUCUGAUCAUCCAGAGAGAUUUGAUGCCUGGGAGCAGGUGUUGUGUAAGGAGCGUGUGAGUGGACGCUGUUACUGGGAGGUGGAGUGGAGCGGGUAUGGUAGUGUGUUGUCUAUAUCGGUCUCAUAUAAAGACAUCAUCAGGAAAGGAUGGAGUAAUGAGUGUGGGUUUGGAGGCAACAAUGAGUCCUGGAGUCUGUGGUGUUCUUCCUCUUCUCUCUCUUUCUGGCACAACAACAUUGAGACUGAUCUCAGAGUUCCAUCAGCCUCCAGAAUAGGAGUGUAUGUGGAUCACAGUGCAGGAACUCUGUCCUUCUACAGCGUCUCUGACACGAUGAAGCUCCUCCACAGAGUCCACACCACAUUCACUCAGCCUCUAUACGCUGGGGUUGGGUUCUACUUGUUUUAUGGUUCUGCGAGAUUGUGUGAUCCAGAAUAAAAGUGUGGAGUGUUUUCUGUAAAAUUCCUGCACGUUGCCACGUUGUUGUUGUUCAGUCGUCUGUUUCACUAGAACACAAUCCAGCUGCACAAAAACGCUCAUUUUAAUAUUUAAAUUAAAACAGAUGAAUAAUUAAAAAGGAAAUGUUAAAAACUGUCAGACAAGAAACUCGUCAAAUUUAAAAAGAAAAUGAUCUCAUGACCUUCGCAUUAUAAAGUUGUGUUUGUUUCAUAUUAAGCAGCGUCUCAUUAAAUAACUAAUAAACAGUAAUAAAGCCAGAACAGAACAACAUUUUAAACCUGUUCAGGUCACACUAUAUAAAAAUAAAACAUCACUUUUCGAAUGAAUUUGAUUUUUCUGCUUGUGUUCUAAGAUGUAAAAUCCACAUUCACUUUUUCAAAUCUGAAGUUGUUUCUAAACCCUGAGAUUUGAUUGUAAAACAUUGAACAAUAUUUAAACUCCAUUAGAACAUCCAGUACAUGAUCGGUUCAGGCUGCCGAUGUCGUGUUCAUCCCAUAUUCAGCCUGGAUGAUGAUGAUUGGCCCGCAGAUAGAACCUUAUAAAUCCAGGUUUAUCUGUGAGUUUGGGAUUUUUAUUCAAAUAUUACAAUCAAAGCUUUGCAGAAUAAAAGAUAAGAGCACAGGAGAAUAAAGUUUCCCCCAGUGAUGGAGUUUCUGUGCUGAACUCAUUUUCAGACAGAAGCUUUUAAUACUGAGGUCAGGAUGUCAGCAAGCCGCUGUAUUGAUACGCAACGGGGUUUUUCCCCACUUUGGAUGGAUAUUUUUAGAUUAUUUAAUCUGUGGGAAAUAACUACAAUGCCUUAAAUAUGUGUUUGUGAAAAUGACUGUAAACCUACAACUGACUUUUUCCUCCAAAAAACAUCUCUUUUAAUGUUGUCAUAUAUUGUCUGUGUGAAUAAUGAUGAUGAAUCUAUCUCUGUGAA